AGUAGUACUGGUUGACCGGGGGGGCUGGAUAUCCACAGCCAAUUCAUUGAUAAAACAACUCUAUUGACGGUUGCAGCGCUCUACGACAUCCUAACACGGGGGUAACGGACAGGAACCGGUUGCAGUGCGAUAACCCCGCUCCAGCUGUUGGGACAUGGCCAGGCCGGAACAGGUUCUGCUCUUGGAGCCUCAGCACGAACUCAAAUUCAGAGGUCCAUUCUCAGACGUGGUCACCACAAAUCUCAAGCUCUCCAACCCGACAGACAGGAAUGUGUGUUUCAAGGUGAAGACGACAGCGCCGCGCCGGUACUGCGUGCGGCCCAACAGUGGAAUCAUCGAUGCGGGCACCUCCAUCCACGUCUCAGUCAUGCUGCAGCCUUUUGACUACGACCCCAAUGAGAAGAGCAAACAUAAGUUCAUGGUCCAGUCUGUGGUAGCACCUCCUGACAUGACCGACAUGGAGGGAGUGUGGAAGGAGGCGAAGCCAGACGAGCUGAUGGACUCCAAGCUAAGGUGUGUUUUUGACAUGCCAGUGGAAAACGAGAAAACGCACGAGACGGAGUCCAACAAGAUGAUGUCGUCCAGCUUGCUGAAGUCCGACUCCUCCACGCUGCCUCCCAAGUCAAUGAGCUCCACCCUUGAUGACGGGGAGGUGAAGAAGAUCAUGGAGGAGUGUAAGCGGCUGCAGAUGGAGGCUCAGAGGCUACGGGAAGAAAACAAACAGAUCCGGGAGGACGAUGGUCUGCGGAUGAGGAAGAGUAACUUGAUGUCAUCUCAACACUCUUCGAUGGGCAUGAAGAAAGACGAGGGCCUGAGCGCCCGCACGAUGGCCCUCAUCGUGCUCUUCUUUGUGGUGGGCGUCAUCGUGGGCAAGUUGGUCUUGUAGGCGGCGGCGCAGUGGGGUCGGGCCGCAGCAUGCUGUCAGGGGGAUGAAAACAAGCACGGGAUCUGGGAUUUUGGAUCGGAAAUGCCAUAUCUGCUGGGUGGGGGUACUAGUUUUGAUUCAGUCUCAUUUAUGUAAAGAAAUGUCAAGGGUAAUGUAUGAGAGAAUAGAAAAAACUUGCCUCUACGUAAUCAUCACAUAAUCAUCCUGUCCCUCUUUCCCAAAGUUUCAUGUAUACAGAUCACUGGUUUGGGGGGGACGUGUGUGUGUGGGUGGGUGUGUGGGUGGGUGGGUGUGUGUAUGUGGAGAGGGUUAAAGGAAACAAAAUUUAACGCUCAUGAUCCAGACCAAUUUUAUAACACCGGCGAGGUCGUGUUGGUGCAACUGAGUCAGUUUGCAAUUGUGUGAGUGUCAUUUUAGUGUUUUGGUUGUUUCUCUUUCUAAAUGACAGAGGCCAGAGCCGAUAUAUAUGUAUAUGUAACCCCCCACCCCCCUUGUACAGGUUUUCCUUCCAGCUAAACAAACCCCCUUUAAGGAAGGAAUUUACCAGAGUGAUGAUCCACAGUCAGGCGCACACACACACACACACACACACACACACACACACAGAGCUACCAAACUGACUCCUCCAAUCAGAGGCUUUGUGAAAUGGGAUUGUCUUUGAUUGUAGAUCAACCUUGAUCAGUGUAAGAAACUCACUACCAUUGUUUUUUUCUGUUUUUUUCCUUGCGUCGUUUUUAUUUUCACUCGACCUUCUCCCCGUCACCCGUCACUCAGUGCUCACCGCAUCCCCAGUUGUCAGGGGGGAAAAUGUUUGAUUGCAUGCCUUCACACACAGAUUGCUUGAAUCUAAUUUAAUUGCUUUUAUAAUGGUGAUAAUAUUAUGUCAUUUGGCUGUAGGUUUGCACAACUACAUUUUCUGUUUGUUUUUAUUCUUCUUUCUUUUCUUGCAUUGUUAUGAUUUUGAGUUUUUGUCUUCUCUGUUCUAGGGUUGAAGCAUUUAAAGAAUAUUGCAGCUACAAAAUGAGCUCCAGCUUUGUAGGAUUAGAUCAUUUCUGUAAAUGUUAUCCAGAUGAAAGGCUUGCCUUGUGAACUAUUUGGGCAAGUUAUUCUCAGGCCAAGUUGGAGGUAUAUGAAUAUAUAGAAAUAGUACAUUAUUAUUAUUAAUAUAAAUAAAUAAAAAUAAGUGCACCCACCCACAAAGCAUGCAUACAUACAUGUAGAGAGAAAAUGGACAGGAGAUGCCCGUAGAGGCCGGUUAUGUGUUCCCCUUACAGCAUCAACAGUAACAGUAAGGUCCUGUGACGGCGUCCUCACAAAGGGAUCGUGACCUUUUUCAGUUUUUUUUUUUCUCAUUUUCCGACAGCCACACAUUUGUUGACGUUCUGUUUCGUUUGGGGCAAAUGUAUGUCGGAGAUCCAACGGGUGUUUCAAGCUGCCUGCUCCAGCUCUCCACUGCUGGUGAUUCACGUUUUGGUUUCAUGUCACUAUACUGCAGGCCCGUGUUCAUUUUUGGGUGUUUGUUCAGCAUUUAACCGUUGCUUAUUAAUGUUAAAUCCCCACUGCAUUUGAAGUCGUCUUCAUGUUGAAUGCACCAGGAUUAAGCGUGUCACUCCUUUGAUCUUCCUGCAUCAGACAUGUUUUUGGGUGGAGGGGGGCAAAAAGCAUACAGACUAGUUUAAAUCCUUGAGGGGACCACUUGAUGACAUUGUACUGUUCCAGAGCCAAUGGUUUCAUUUGGGUCUAAAAAUAAACAAAAACAUAACCUCAUUGUUUCAUAUCCAAAUUUGCAUGAGGGGCAACAUAGCAGUGGAGGGUACCAUUCUGCUUUGUAAUAUUUGAAGGAAAAAGAGCAGUUGUUCAUGUUUUUAUCCCACUAUAUCCACAUAAGAUAGUCCAUUAUCCGUUGUUAAAUUGAAAAGAAAAAUGUAAUUCAACCCACAUUUCACAUUAAGUGGAGGGGAAGAUGAUAGAUAUGACUGGCGGGUGAGAGAUUAAAAUAUACAUGAGCUUGUGUUUCUACUGAAUCUCUGUGAAGUUGUUGGGUUGAGGAUGACUUGCUGCUUAGAGGGAGGGCACAGCUGAGCUACAGUCCCAUCUUGGGUUAUCAGACCUGGGUCACUUAGUACGCACAGGAAAUUGUUCUUGUUCAGUGAAUCCUGGUUGGAGUAUCGGCGCAUUUUUACAUGAAAAAAAUACUGCAUAAUAAUUUACCACCGUCCUAAUGUGGUACUCCAAGCAGGAUUAAAGAAACAAUAACAUUAACAAUGGAAUACUAACUGAUCCAGUCGCGGUUGUAAAACACACUACACUGACUAUCACCGUGAUCAAUGUAAGCAGUCGGCAAACUGUUUUGUAUGUAUAUAAAUAAAUAAGUAUCUGAGAAGAAGAUUCAUAUUCCUAGUUCAAGUAGUCUCUCUGGUGUAUAAAAGCAACCCAACCUGGUUGGACUAUGUAACAUCUUAAUAAAUUAAAUGAAUAAAGCCCCUACCAAACCGU